AUGGAUUCCUGCCGGUGGAGCCUUGAUCGCCGCUCCGAGGAGGUGCUCGCACACGCUCGACGCUCGCCGGUCUCCGCGAACGUCGCGCCGGUCUCCGCGAACGUCGUGCCGCACGCUCGCCCACGGUCGACGCUCGCCGCACACACCGUCUCAGCCUCGCUGGUGGUGUCGGACUCCAACGAGGUGCUGCAGGACUCCGACGAGGUGCUGCAGGACUCCGACGCGGUGCUGCCGGACUCCGUCGAGGAGGUGCCGGACUCCGUCAAGGAGCUGCCCGACUCCGACGAGCUGCUGCCGGACUCCAUCGAGGUGCAGCUGGAGUACGAUGCGGUGCAGCCGAACUCCGUCGAUGUACUGCCGGACUCCGACCAGCUGGACGAGGUGGUGCAUUGUCCUCGCUGUGGCACGUUCCAUGCCGGCGGCGUCUUCGGAGAGGAAUGCUACCAAGCUCGCCGCGAAGCUCGCCGGUGUGCCCGUUGUGGCCUCUUACAUGAAGACUACGAUAUGAUAGCAAAGUGGUUGGACUACCUAGACAAGUUCGACUGUGAGAUCUACAUCCCAGAUGUCUCCAAACUUCAAAUGGAUGGUAACACCAUCAUUCUGCCAGAGCACGUCAUCAACAAGUUGGACAAGAUCAGAGAUGCAAAGAAGUUGGAACUUGCAAAGCUCAAACAAGAUGCAAACAAAGAACAAUAA